AUGGAGAGGUGCGAGGAGGACAUUGCCCGAGCCCGCAAGUUCAUGGAAGAUCUGUCUCUCUACGAGACCUGCCAGGAUGGGCUGUACAGCGGCCGGGGCUGCAGCGCCAGCCGGAGGGAGCUGCUGGAAGACGCCCAACGGGCCAUCGCAGCCCACAUGACGGCGGAGCCGAGAGGCAAGAAAAUGAAUGGCACCGUGGCCCCCCCGGGGGACGCCCACCCCGCCGCCGCCUCCGGCAAAGUGUACCAGGCUGCGGCCGCCCCCCAGUCCCGCUCGCUGAACGGCAGCAGCCGGGGGGGCGGCCAGGAGCCGGGCUGCUGCGAGGAAGGGCUCUGCACCCGCUCCGAGGUGGCGCUGCCCUGCUACGGCGGCUUCGCGGACAAGGGCAGGCGCUAUUCCUCCGAGAGCGCCCGGCACAGCGCCGGCAGCGCCUACGAGGGCGUCUACGUGCCCAAGCCGGCCGGCUCCUACCCCGGCCCGCCGGGCAGCCGAGCCCACGCCGGGCCCGAGGGCAAAUACAACGCGGCCAGCCCUAGGGCCAGCCUGGCCGCCUCCUGCCAGGAGCAGCUCAGCCGCUUCUCCAGCCCCAGGUCCAGCCUUGGCAGCAGCGGCGUCCCGGGCUACGAGAAGUUCUCCAGCCCCCGGGCCAGCCUGGUGGUGCCCGGGCAGGAGAAAUACACCAGCCCCCGGGCCAGCCUGGUGCAGUACGAAGGCAGCGCGCUGAGCCCCAGGUCGAGCUACGCCAGCACGGCCAGUGACACCAGCAAGCACUCCAGCCCCCGGGCCAGCCUGAACAGCUACGACUGCGGGAGCAAGCCCAGCAGCAACCGCACCAGCGGCAUCAGCAUGGGCUACGACCAGCGGCACAUCAGCCCCCGGUCCAGCACCGCCAGCCAGUACUCCUGCACCAUCAGCCCCCGCUCCAGCUACUCGGACUCCCGCUACGGCCCGUCGGGGAAUCCCGAGCUGGAUGGGGCUGGCGGGCCUGGGCUCCCCAUGGUCAGCCCCAGGUCCAGCCUUUGCAGCCAGGAUGGUCGGACUGGGGCGGUGGGGAACUGCAACCCGUCUGUGAUCAGCCCCAGGUCUAGCAUCUCCAGCCAUAGCUCCAGAGGCUCCAUGAGCGCUUACCCGGAGCUCCAGCUGCCUUCGCCCCGCUCUUCCAUGCUGGGACCAAGUUUACAGGAGGAAAAUACCACGCAGGAGCAUGGAGAUGCUUAUCCCAGACACGAGCAGCAGCAUCCUGCUGCCUCCAACCCCGACUCGGCUUCAGGGGCGUUAUCAGCCUACACCUACAGCCCAACCAAAGGGUCCGCUUCAGCUCCCAAAUUCAAGCUUCCGUAUCAGGUCACCCCGUCCAGGGAGAGUGGACCCAGCCAGGCAGAGAGGAGGUUGGAAGCCUUGACGCUGGAGCUGGAGAAGGAGUUGGAGAUGCACAUGAAGAAGGAAUAUUUUGGUAUUUGUAUAAAGUGUGGAAAGGGCGUAUAUGGAGCGAGCCAGGCUUGCCAAGCAAUGGGUAACCUCUACCAUACCAACUGCUUCACCUGCUGCUCUUGUGGGAGAAGACUGCGAGGAAAAGCCUUCUACAAUGUCAAUGGUAAAGUGUACUGUGAAGAAGACUUCCUAUAUUCGGGCUUUCAACAAACAGCAGACAAGUGCUUUGUUUGUGGACACCUCAUAAUGGAAAUGAUCUUACAGGCUCUUGGAAAGUCAUACCAUCCUGGCUGUUUCCGCUGCGUGGUCUGUAAUGAAUGUCUGGACGGAGUCCCCUUCACUGUAGACGUGGAGAACAAUAUUUACUGUGUCAAAGACUAUCACACUGUUUUUGCGCCAAAAUGCGCUUCCUGUAACCAGCCAAUUCUACCAGCACAGGGCUCCGAGGAGACCAUUAGAGUGGUGUCAAUGGACAGAGAUUACCACGUGGAAUGUUAUCACUGCGAGGACUGCGGUCUCCAGCUCAACGAUGAAGAAGGCCAUCGUUGCUAUCCUUUAGAGGGCCACCUACUCUGUCAUGGCUGUCAUAUUAGGCGCCUCAAUAUCAAAGUGCCACCACAUCCACCUCCAAGCUACCCAAUGCAUGUUACAGAACUCUGA